UUUCUUUCCAUGUAAAUUUGUUUAUACCGCGAGUUUCUCUCCGGCACCAGUGAGAAACGUCAUCGUCGCGUUAACCGCGGCAGCGUGCAACCGCUACGAUGAUUCCGCGACGAGGAAUACACCGCGCGCGCGGGUGACCUUCUUCGGCUAAUUAAGACACCGACAGUAAACGCGAUAGUCGGAGACGCGGUUGGUGUCGACUGGCGUCGACCUUCGCCGAUGAUCGAAGAAACCGAUGCGAACCGACGUUGUUGAACGCGUCGCAGAAUACCGCGAACGCGCUUUGGUACUCGGCCAAUCGCGAGAUCGUAACUGCCAACGGUUCUCUCUCUCUCUCUUUCUCCCUUUCUCUCUUUUUCUCUCUCUUUUUCCUUUAAUUCGACAGACCCACAUUCAUACGAGACAUCUUUCUAAUUAUCCCGAAUUAAAUUCCUCUCGGUUAAUCGCACAACACGAUUCGUCACGGCGAUUCGCGGCGACCUAUCGCGCGGCGCGCCGUGCAACGCACCACCAGGUGAUCUCCGCUCGGGCAUACCCGAGGUAGUAGUGUCGCGGCCCGCCGAAUACCGGGGUUGCUAUAAAUAAUCCGAUGUCCGCUCCGGUCGCGCUCGCGGUGGACAGCCGAGGUUGCAGAGAGUCGUCUAGGAGCCGCUGCAGCGGGAUGCUCUAGCGACUGCUCAGCCUCCUCCUCUCUCCACUCUGUCUCUCCCUCUCUCUCUCUCUCAAUCUCUCUUUCUUUCUCUCUUUCUCUCUAUUUCUAUCCAUUCCUCUUUCUCUCCCGCCCUCCGAUCGAGAGGUGAAGAGCGUCUCGUGGACGACGUCAACGAGCAGGACAUCGCUGUGCGUCGGACACGGGAGGAACGACGAAACAAAGUCGUCGUCGUGGCUGCCGCGUUCCCGACGUCGACGUCGGGUGGGUAGACAGACAGGCAGAGGAAGAGGAGACUGGAGGUGGGUUAGAGCGGGACCUCCGUGGCUUCCACGGGGGUGGGGAUGGAGCCGGAGCAACGAGGACGCGCUUCGCGGGCGUCGUCGACGUCCAGCCUCGGACGCGAGGUCCGUUGCGGCUGUCAGUUCUACCAGAGCGACUCGCUUCUGCCGGAACGACGUGCUCUCCUCAUCAGACCGUCAUCCAGGACGAUGCAGCAGCCACCUGCGGUCCGCUGCAGUGAGCACGAAUACGAACCGAUCGCGCCGCCGUCGCUGCCGCAUCCGGCGAUGGCGCCGGUCGUGCGGAUCACCGACACGGACGUGAUGCCCGUCGCCGACAGCGACGACAGCAUCGACGACCGGGGGGCUCGGCUGCCGGCCGAGCUGAUCUUGGACGGCGACUUGGUGCUCCCGUUGGACGGCAAGAUCGAGGACAGCGCGAUGGAGGGUCGCGAGCUCGGCGAGACGACCUACGGCGACACCUCCGAGGAGCAGGAGCCUCCACCGACAGCGCAGCAACUCCAAGACAGACUCGAGGAGCGGUUCCUCGACGCGCCCACCCCCUACACCGAGUCCAGGACGGACGGCGAGGUCAACACCAGUCAGGUAGACUCGUCGACGAUGGAGGAGCUGCCGCUUCGGCGGGGCGCGCGCGGUCUGCCGCAACGCCUGAAGACCCAGGCCAGCAAGCUGCGUUCUCGGCUCCGGGGGAUCCAGCGGCCCACGUUCACCUUUCCGCAACGGAAGAAAGCCGAGAAGACGGCGCGAUCAUCAGCCAGCGGUGGUGGCAAGUCGGACAAGUCCCGCGCGUCGGAGAAGAGGCCCAGUCGGAUGGACCGAAUCAGGACGUCCAUCUCCGAGAAGACGACGAAAUUCAGCCUGCCGGACCGGCCGAAGUUCAGCCUGCCCGAUCGGUCCAAGUUCCACCUGCCGGAGCGACCUAAGUUCAACUUCCCGGACAGGUCGAAGUUCACCAUCAAGAAGCCCAGCAUCCGCCUGGCGGACGCUCUCGCGCGCGUCAAACGGCCGCCCUCGCUGCGCGAACAGCAGAAGCAACGCUCGACCGAGUCGACCGCCGGCUCGAAGCGCAACAUCUUCGACUUCGCCACGUACCCGCGCAUCUUCGACAAGAAGUCGAAGAGGCGCGGCGAGUACGCGACGUCGUCGCCGAAGGACUCUUCCCGAGCACAGUCGGCGGAGAGCGCGACGUACCCGCGCGCGCGGAAGGGCAAGCCUCUGGGCGCCAAAUGGGCGCGACACUUCGGCAACUCGUCCUCUCAGGAACGCGCUGAGGCGACGGCGAGCGACGGCUCGCCCCCGUGGCACCAGGCUUCGCUGGAGGAGCCCCAGGAGCCGAGGCUGUCCGUCCGAACGGAGGAGGAGAUCAUGGCGGCGGCCCGGGCGAUCCCGUGGGAGGACGCGAGGAAGGAGCGACGCUACGACGACGACGAGGAGAUACAGUACAUGGACUACGAGCAGGAGUCUUCGCAGGAGGUGUCGGACCACCGCCAGCCACCGCCGAGGAGGUCCCACAAGGCGUCGAGGAGGAAGGAGGAAGAGUCCUACGAGCCUGAGGAGGAGCCGAGACUGUACGGCGACGAGGAAGCGAAACAUGCUCCCCGAGACGAAGGGGAGGAUCAGGAGGAUUGGCGUUCGGACGAGCGGGUGGUGCUCGAGGAGAAGUUCAGACCGAUCCCGAGGUCGCGAUCCUUGGACGAGGACAUGCCGCGCGUUCUGGAGGAAGCCGGCUACGAGGGUGCGUUCAUGGCGGUGGACCCGCGGCGGUUCCGCAAGAUGGCGUCCGAGGAGGAGGAGGAAGAAGGGCCGGAGAUGGAGGAAGACCUGGAAGAGCACGAGCCCUCCUCGACGCGGUCCGAUCGGGAACAGCAGCACUCGAGCGGCAGCUCCUGCGACCGCAGACGCCGCGGGGUCAUCGAAGAGAUCGACUCCGACGAGUUCUUCCUGAGGGCGAGCGGCAUCAGUCAGGACGACAUGAAUCUCGGCAGCUACCUGCCGGACGAGAUCCGAGACGCCCUCAGGGCGGAGAUCGUGUGCGCCUUGCAGGACGAGGAGAUGCCGCCCCAGCGUCCCGUGAGAACGCGCUCGUUGAGGAAGCGGAAGGAAGAGGAUUCCAUGGAGGUGGAGGAGGAGGAGGAGGUCGCGCCGCCGGUCAGACCGAAGAGGGAACGCGGGGCGCGGCGCAGCCGGGAGGCGUCGAUCGUCGACGAGGUCUUCCGCGAGCGCACCCGGAGCGACUCCAGACAUCGCGUGGUGUACCAAGCGGAAAGUGCGAUCCAGCCGGAGCCUCGAGAGCUGGAGCCGCUGGACGACAUAGUCGUGGUGAAGCCGGCGCGGAGGAAAUCCAGGUCGUCGCUGCGCAGCCAGUCGCAGCCGCCGCUGGAGACGUCCAUACUGUCGGCCUCGACACCACCCGCCACCAUCGUGCCUCCCAUGGAGUCGUCGUCGAGCCCCUUCCUCUCCGCACCGCCGCCGGCCGUGCCGAUGCGCAGGAAGCGCUCGCACCGGGACACGGUGGCCGACCGGAGGAACGUCGAGCCGAUCUGCAACGGUCAUCGCGACUGGAAGAUGGAAAGCGCGGCUUCCAAGAAGGCGCCGACGACACCGGUGAGACGGUCGCAGCAGCUGCUUGCCGAGGGCGACGUCGUCGCGAGUCGGGACGACGUCGAGGAACUGAUCGGGCCGAGGAACGCUACACCGGUGCCACCGAAGAGGAGGUCCCGCUCGAGGACGACGUCGGUCGCCGCCGAUGAGGACAGGACGUCGCACGGUGCGGAGUCCCUGCCGGAGGCGGGAUACGUGGAGGAGGACAUACCGGCGGACGAGAGCAGCUCGGCGCGCGACCUCUCCGGCUACGCGAUCGUGGAGAAACGGGAGAAACCGCCGAGGCCGCCGCCGCCCAGGAGAAGACGCGACAAGUUCGCCACCACGCCGAGGUCGGCCGCACCGAAACGACCUCAGCGAGCGUACAGCACCCUCGGACCCGCCAGUAGGUUCGCGGGCCCCCCGAGCGACACGGUCACGUCGGAGACGACGAUCACCGUCAGCACGACGCCGACGCUCUUGGCAGCCGACGAGUUCACACCGUACAUCGAGAUCGACUUGGACGACGAGCACAGGGACGAGGUGCUCCACAAGAUCCAGGGUCGCCCGUUGCCGGCACCACCGAGACCACCCAGGGCGAAGAGGGAACAUUCGGUCGUCGAGCGACCUCGCACCCCGUUCGAGUUCGCGGAGACGACGGCGGCUACGCAGACCGACCCGCUGCCCGACGACAUGGUGAUCGAGGAAGAAGUGACGCAGGCGAAGCUCAUAGUGACGCCCUCCAGGUCGGGCUCGCAGGUGAUGGUGUCGAUGGAGCGCAUACCCAGUCCGUCCAGGACGGGCACACCGCCGGUACCGCCGUUGCCGUUGAUAUCACACAUCCUGAGGAAGGAUGAGGAGCGAGAGGAGGAGCGGGAAGAUGAGAUCGGUCGGAUGGCGUUCGACACGGUGUCGUUGACGGCACCGUCGCCUACGAGGGAGACCGAGCGGACGAGCAGGCACAUGUCGGCGCCGCAUCUCCAGGAGCGAAGCAGAGAAGAGGAGGAGUUACGAGCGAUCAGGUCGGCCCUGUUCUCCGACGAGCCGUUGAGGAUCAGCAGUCUCGAGGUCGGCGAUCUGAAGGUCGACCGGCUGAGCGUGUCGCAGAUCGAGGCGCACAAGAUCGUGGCGUCCGAGGUGGACGCGAUGGUGAUCGCAACGUCGGAACUGCGAGGCGGCGGCACCAUGGAGGAGCGCUUGUCGCCGGCCAUCAUCAGGGAGCUGAUAGCCAUCAGGAGCCACUUGGAGACCGUGGCGAUUUCCCAGGCGCGAGAGAGACAGCAGCAAGAGUGGGAAGAGGCGGUGAGUCGCCGAGUGACCGACGUUCCCGCGCCGGAAGCGAGCGAGGAACAGCGGCUUUCGCGGGCAGUGGCGGAGGAGGUGUCCGGCGACGAGGCCGUCGAAGCGAUGCGCGUCGAGCCGCCAGCUGUGGAAGAUGAGGGGAUGCCCGGGGAGGCUGGCGAGGAGCAAAAGGUUGUUAAAACUGACGUAUUAGAUACCCAGGAUAAGGAAGCACCACACACCCUCUUCUCAGUCGCUCCCCCCGUUGCAAGCCCAGACUCCCUUCUCUCACAGACACUUACGAUAGAUCAGUUAGAGUCAACGGGUAGAGACGAGCCCGUCACACACCACCCGCUUACAAUUACAGCCGCUCAGGAUACUCAAGAUAAGUCGUUACGAAUUUUAGAUUCCGAACACCCCCUUACUUUGAGCUCGCCAGCCACCACGUCGGGCCCCCACGUGGUGGACGAAUCUCGUGCCUCGUUCCCUCCGGCGUCGGACGUGCCCACGAGCCGGUCCUCCGAAUUGAGGGUAUCACCGGAACGCGCGGCCGAACCUCCGAGUAGCUCUGACCAGACUACUUCUACUAUUUCUACUACUACUACUACUACUACCACCACCACUACCACUACCACCACUACCGAGUCGACCGCAACAUCUACGUGUCUUCGUGGCUGCGACAAGGACGAUGCGUCCGACAGCACAGAACAAGUUCCUCGCAAGUCGAGAUCUAGAUCCCCCUCGCCAGCGAGAGGUAUCACGCGGCAAACCGCGUCGCCGGUCCGCUCAUUGCCGCCGGUCAUCUCGGUGACCCCGGACACGCCCGACGCGACACCGGGCCGCGAUAUCUCGAUAGACGCUCGGCCGCAGCGUGCCGUUAUUUCCUAUUCUUCCGAUGCGGAACACGACGCCCCGAAGUACGCCGCUCAGCGUGCCGUCAUUUCCCAAACUUCUGACACGGGACGACCCCCUCAGACUGGACAAAGGGAGUCCUCUCAAUCGCCAGUACCCCCCUUCCCCCUCAGCACGACACAUUUCAUUGCUUUCCCGGCCUCCGAGAUUCCAGGCCAGUUCUUCUCUCUGAGCGACACACCGACGACGACGACGAGCCAACGUGAUACCACCGAAGAGCCCGGUGUUGCGGACGCUACGCAGCAGCUGCUCCACGCUCUCCGUACGGCCGGCAUAAGAGCCAUGAGGCACUUCACGAGGUACCUGGCGUCGACGUUGAGGAGCGACGACACGGUGGAGAAGGUCAGAGAGGUGGAACUGGCGAUAUGUGCCCUCUUACUUCUCAUCGCAGGCUUGUUGAUAUAUUACUUCGGUAGCACGCGAACUGUAACGUAUUAUCACCACUGGGAUUAUUUUAAUCCGCCUCAAUAAACACGGUCGGUCUGCAAUGCACGAUCCACAUUUGCCUAUACAUACUGCAUAUACCGAUUCGCGUAUAGGGUUCACUGGUUCGUAGAAAUUAAAAUUUCAUAUUCUUGUAAAUUUAUUUUGUAUAACAAUAUAAUUUCACGUCGGAGAAAAUGAUUGAAAAGCAAAGAAAAAAAAAUGUACGUAUGCAGAAAUAGAACGGAGUGAGAAAUUGAAAAACGGAAUUGUAGCUCUUGUACAAAUGUCGAAAUAAUGUAACGAAAUGAAGCGAAAGACAGGUUUGUAAAGAAAUAAAUUGUAUUACACCGUAUUGUGCCAAAUAUAUAAUUAUUCCGAGCAUCA